AUGCUUUGGAGUUCGAAUAAAGAGAAUGCAUCGGGCUCAGAAGAUGAAAAAAUUGUUGGGGACUCGGACGAUGAUGUCCCCAAGGAAAUCGUUCUUGCGCAGCCGCAGCAAGGACGGACGCUUCUGCCUGCGCCAGCUGCUGCUAUUGUGAGCGGCGUCACCGGCCUGACCUCCUUUUAUGUUCGGGGUGCAACAAAAGUCGGAGGUUGGGGACUUUAUGCCGGCAGAGAAGCUACGCUCAAGACACUAGCCGUCAGUCGCAGUGCACUUGAGUCUAUCCUCGUCGCUGCAGGACGAGAUGUGUCUACGCGAAGCACCGGCGAAUUGGGACGGGCAGAAGCAGAGAAUCUGUUGGAGAGGAGUAUUUCUGCGCUGCAUUCGACCAUCUCCACCACCUCUUUCGUUGCCUCGACCGGCUUUCACCUCACCGAAGCCUUUAUGAAUUCCAUCUCUGGUCUAUCCAUCCAAGGGCUGGCGACACUCAAUGCUAUUCUCGGCUCUACCGAAUCCUCCCGUGCCGUCGCCGCAAUCAUCACGCUGAUCAGGGAUGAACUGAACAAGCCCGAGGUGGGUGGAAGUGGGGAGGUGGUGACAUACCUGGACCUCAUCGUUGCCACCAUCGGAUUCGUGAUGCUGCAGAGGUGGGGGAGGCGUAAGACAGAACUGGACUUUCGGGAUGCUGGCGGUGAAGAAACGAUUUGGGACGCUGUCAUUGACGACAAGGGUUUCCGAGCCGACGUCGUGGGGACAAGGAAAAAAGGCAUGAUCAGUAUACACGCCAAUGCUGGCGCGCCGCCCAUGACAUUCACUUCUCCAGAUGGCGAUGAUGACUUUGAGGCAUUGGAAAGGGGCACGACUUUCGAAGCCCAAUCGGUUGCACUCUCAGCCGACAACCAGACCAAGCUUACUGACGAAGAAAUUCGUGAGCGGAUCAUGAGCCAAAUACCUUCUGGGGCUCGUGCCGUCAUUACAUCGGAGACCAUCACCGCCAAAACGAUUCGAGUCGAGAUAUACGAUACUGAGACGGCUCAUAUUGACCCUCCGCCAGGGACCAUCAUGGUCGCAGAACGGCUGAACCAUGAAAGCCCAACAAACGGCAACCACGUCGGACCUCAUCAAACCGUCAUAUUCCGCACGGCUUUGAAGAGAUCGAGCAGCAGAGAGAAGCCGUCCUCAGCCGAACAAUUGCGAUUAACAGGCCAUGACGGGCUGGCCCAGGACCACCCUGACGCCGAGGACUUGCUCAUGAUGAGGACCGCCCCGAAACGAAUCUCUAUCGUGGAUGAACCAAUCCAGAUAGACAACGGCACUUUUUCCAGUUCGGACCGCGAUGAGUCGGCGAUUGAGUCCUCUUCACCACCCACCUCCUCUCCCCCAAAGCUUCUGGGCCCAAUUGCAAAUCAGAAAAAGAGCCGCCGCCCAGUUCUUAACUCAAGCAAGUCUUCCUCCCAUACGAGCGGUGCCAGUCGAAUACCCCUCGUCAGAGGUAAAAAGGACAAAUCACCUCCAGUGGCUAAGAGCGACAAGGGUGGGGUCAUAAAGAAAGCGUUGAAAACGCUCAGUCCAAGUCAGUCGUCAGCAGCGGUCAAAGACCUCCAAAAAGCACCACCGCCGCAACGGAAACCAUCGGCCUCGAUGACAGUGCAGCCACCCAGGUCUCGUGCGCCUUCGACAAACCGUGAGGACGUCACGCCGAAGAGAACUUAUGCUUCGCUGAGCCAUGGUCAUACCCCCUUGACGAGUCCGAGUCUACACCGGGCCACCGAGUCAUCAACGAGCUAUUUUGCAUUGCACGACAGGAGAAGAGACUCUAUUGUCUCGCAGACCACGGAAACAUAUUCUGUCCACUCGCACGACAGUCGACCGGGCUCCCCCACGUUUACACGGACUCGCACUCGAGUGGUGAACGGGCUGACCCAGACGAGAUCGGAACUCGGAUUGGCACUAGAUGAGACCGAAGCCAGAGUCGACCCAGCUGCGGGCACCAUCCAUCAUAGACGGUCCAGGUCUUUUGUUCCGAGUCUAUAUUCGAUGGCGACGAAGGAUUCCACGGAAGCUAUCCUUUUAGCGCCGAAGACCCCGGCACCUCGAAAAUCGAUAUAUGAGGACCAUAGCAUAUUGGCUGCCCUCAUCACAAAUGGAAAGGUGCCAGGGAUCUUCCCGGACCGUCAUCUUGUCAAAACAGUUCGACGAUUUGCAAGAUUCGCAUCUGCUUCAUAUGGUGCAAAUUUCCUGCGGGUUAUGGGUCUCACAACCGCAGAAGAGGAGCUUAGCAAGUCGACGGAGCUCAUGACCCUUGACGUCCACCACGAGCACAGCUCGUUUUCCAGCCACACAGGCUUGCCUCCCGACACCAUUCUGUUGUCAUCCUUCUUUGAUCCACAAGGUGUGACUGGCAAUACUGACUGGUCUCCCUCGGCAAUAUCACCACUGAUCCAUUUCAUCUCCAUCGACGAUGACUCCAAAGCUGUGGUUUUGACCUGUCGCGGGACGCUUGGUUUUGAGGACGUUCUGACUGACAUGACGUGCGAUUAUGAUGAUUUGCUGUGGCAAGGCCAGCGGUACAAAGUCCAUAAAGGCAUUCAUGCAUCGGCAAGACGACUCUUGGGCGGUAGUGGAAGCCGCAUGAUGGCCACCAUCAGAGCGACACUGGAACAAUAUCCCGAUUACGGCUUUAUCCUCUGUGGACACUCCCUGGGAGGUGCGGUUGCGGCCAUCCUUGCCAUCUUGAUCGCGGAGCCGUCGUUCGACGAGUCUAAGACCUCGUUCGUUACCGGCAGCAAGCCGAAACUCCUCACCCAUCAAUCCACCAGCGAAUCGUUUACUUCCUACGUCCCGCCCAUCAAUCUUCCUGCGGGGCGUCCCAUUCACGUCUACGCCUACGGCACACCCGCAUGCAUGUCCGAGCUGCUCCGUGUGGCCACCCGCGGCCUCAUUACGACCAUUGUCAACCACGCUGACAUUGUGCCCUGCCUCUCCCUGGGCAUUCUCCACGACUUCCGCACUGUCGCACUGCACCUCAAACACGACACGACGGACGCGCUUGGUGCUCUCAAGACCCGGGUUUGGAGUCGUCUCAAAAGCGCCGUAAAGUCGGCAUUCUAUAACAACCCCAGGGGACCGCCUCCGCCCGAAAACAUGGCAGGCGAUGGCCUCGGCGAAGAUACAUGGGCAUGGGCAGCACUCAAAACUCUCCGUGCCGCCAUGGUGAAUGAUAAACUGGUUCCGCCUGGCGAAGUCUUCGUGGUGGAGACGACCCGUGUCUUCGACCGACUGGACCCGGACGUGGCGCGCGAGGCUGUCUUUGGGCCUGAUGACUCGAAAGAUGACCGUACAGAAAAGCUGUAUCGGGCGCUCGGCAGACCAGCGACGAGAGUGCAGUUCAAACUGGUGCGGGAUGUGGAGAGGCGGUUUGGCGAGCUGAGAUUUGGAAGAGAUAUGUUCGGCGAUCACAGCCCCGGCCGAUACGAGGCCAGUCUUGCGGCAUUGGAUAGAGGAAUCUGUGAAGAAUGA